UCCAUCGGUUCAACAAACAAAUAGAGAGAGAAGAGAGGCGCUUUGGCUACGAGAUUUGCGGGACCAAAUCAAUGCUCAUUGGUCCCUCCUCCUCCUUCACACUCAGAGAGAGAGCCGAACCAAAACCAAUGGCAAUUGUUUAGAAAAAAAGAUAGACGACGACGACGACGACAAAAGCAGCAUGAGAAAGAUGGAGUAAAGCAAACGACGACGAAGAAGAAGAAGAUUAGAGCUCUGUGAAGAAGAAACGGCGUCACUUUGAGGAAGAAGACAGCAAAACUAUAUACUCUCACUUGGUCAGUGAGCAAUGGGAGCUAUUGCUGGAGAAGAGCUGAAAAAAAUGGAGAAGACACAGGUGCAUGUUGCCCGGGAAGAGAAGAUAUUGGUUCUGGUUAGACUUAGACCUCUGAACGAUAAAGAGAUCUUGGCUAAUGAAGCUGCGGAUUGGGAAUGCAUCAACGACACUACCGUGUUAUACAGAAACACAUUGCGUGAGGGCUCAACUUUUCCUUCUGCAUACUCAUUUGAUAGAGUGUACCGAGGUGAAUGCCCAACCAGACAAGUUUACGAAGAUGGCCCUAAGGAAGUUGCUCUCUCGGUUGUCAAAGGAAUUAACUCUAGUAUUUUCGCGUACGGUCAGACUAGCAGUGGAAAGACAUACACCAUGUCUGGAAUUACCGAGUUUGCUGUGGCUGACAUAUUUGAUUAUAUAUUUAAGAAUGAAGAUAGGGCAUUUGUUGUGAAAUUUUCGGCUAUAGAGAUCUACAAUGAGGCCAUCCGAGAUCUUCUCAGCCCGGAUAGUACACCACUGAGGCUACGAGAUGACCCUGAGAAAGGGGCCGUCGUUGAAAAAGCCACAGAGGAAACCCUGAGAGACUGGAACCAUUUGAAGGAUCUUAUCUCUGUUUGUGAAGCACAGCGGAAGAUUGGUGAAACCUCAUUAAAUGAGAGAAGUUCAAGAUCGCAUCAAAUUAUCAAACUAACAGUUGAAAGCUCUGCUCGUGAGUUCUUAGGCAAAGAGAACUCAACCACUCUCAUGGCGAGUGUGAAUUUUAUUGAUUUGGCGGGGAGCGAGCGCGCAUCGCAGGCCUUAUCAGCUGGGGCAAGACUUAAGGAGGGUUGUCAUAUCAAUAGAAGUUUGUUGACCCUAGGAACCGUGAUACGUAAACUCAGCAAUGGAAGACAAGGACACAUCAAUUAUAGAGACUCCAAGCUCACACGUAUUCUUCAGCCAUGCUUGGGGGGCAAUGCCAGAACCGCCAUAGUCUGCACGCUGAGUCCAGCGAGGAGUCAUGUAGAGCAGACUAGAAACACUCUCCUGUUUGCCUGCUGUGCCAAGGAAGUUACAACAAAGGCACAGAUCAAUGUUGUCAUGUCAGACAAGGCUUUGGUGAAGCAGCUACAGCGUGAGCUAGCCAGGCUCGAGAGCGAGCUGAGAAACCCAGCCCCUGCCACCUUAAGCUGCGAUUGUGGGGUUGCGCUGAGAAAGAAAGAUCUUCAGAUACAGAAGAUGGAGAAGCAGCUUGCAGAAAUGACAAAACAGCGGGAUAUUGCCCAAUCUCGGCUUGACGAUUUUAUGAAGAUGGUGGAACACGAUGAGUCUUCAAAGGCUGGGGCUCCGCAUAAUCGUAACCGGACCAACAAGUGGGAGGAUGGUUCAGUGUCAGAGACAUCAGGCGUGGUUGAUCCAGAUAGGACCAGUUUCAUAUCAGAUGGGACAUCUACGCCUCUGUCAACUGCAAGAGCUCAUGUUAGGUCUCACUCUGAUGAUCUGGAGGAGGAAUUGUCAUCUGGGCAUUUAGGAGAUCAAUCAGAAGAAUACUGCAAAGAAGUACAAUGCAUUGAGAUGGACGAUGAAUCAACCAGUGACAUUAAUAACAACAGUGAAGAAAGGACAGAUGCAGAAACACUUCUGGGCCACAACACAGAGGCAAACGGUGGAACAGGUCAUGCUCAAAACAGUACCCCGUCAAGUGUUAGAAGUGUCAGGAGGAGGCAGAGUUGGAGCCGUGGAGAAACCAUGCCGGGCACAAGCACUCCUCCUGAUGCCCUGGAGAUGGACUACCCUGGAAGACCGGAGGUUCAUGGUAUCGUGUUUCCUGAUUUAGAGUUCGGUUCUGGUGGGAAAUUGUUGAGGGAAGAUUCAAUGUCCUCCCGCGGAAGUGAUUCCACUGAGGCUCACAGUGUUGGAACACCGUUGGUGGGAGACGAUGGAGGUAUCACCAGCAUUCGGUCAUUUGUUGAAGGGCUGAAGGAGAUGGUUUCGGACACUGAGAAUUCAGGGAAGAUGGGGAAGGACAUUGGUGUGGACGCUAUGGAGGAAGAGGUGUCUGGGACGAUGACAAACUGGUCGGACGAAUUUGAGAGACAGAGAGAACAGAUUCUGGGGCUGUGGCAAACAUGUCAUGUCUCGCUGGUGCAUAGAACAUACUUCUUCUUGCUCUUCACGGGAGAUCAAGCGGAUUCAAUAUACAUUGGAGUAGAGCUAAGAAGACUUUCAUUUAUGAAAGAAAGCUUCUCUCAGGGAAACCAUGCCUUUGAAAGAGGACAAACACUAACAGUAGCUUCAAGCCUAAAGGCGCUUCAUAGGGAGAGACGGAUGCUAAGCAAGCUUGUCGGGAAGAGGUUUACUGGAGAGGAAAGGAAGAGACUUUACCAGAAGUUUGGAAUUGCUGUGAACUCGAAACGCCGGAGGUUGCAGCUAGCGAACCAGCUCUGGAGUAAACCCAACGACAUAACCCACGUGGUUGAAAGCGCUGCGGUUGUAGCGAAGCUUGUUAGGUUCGUGGAGCAAGGAAGAGCUAUGAAGGAGAUGUUUGGUCUGAGCUUCACGCCUCCGCUUCCAACAACACGGAGAUCACUUAACUGGAGAAAAAGCAUGGCCACGCUUUUCUAAUUCUAAUAGAGAGUUCAAACACGUUCAUAUAAUGGUUUUUGAGGUUGUAUGUGUAAAUCUUCUAGGCGCUGGUGUUUGAUGAAAAAUAUCAUGAUUCUACAGCUUAAGAUGGAUCUCUCUCUCUAUUUUUAUUGUCGGUUUGAUGGGGUUUUUGAUUUGUAAGCUGACAUCAACACAUUCUGAUGUUUUUUCUUUAACUGGUAAGGCUAUUUUAGCGCAA